AAAGAUGAGCCGAUGCGCAGGCGCAGUGGCCCGGCGAUAGGCAGUGUGUUUCCAAAAUGGCGGCAGCGAUGGAUGUGGAUACCCCCAGCGGCACCAACAGCGGCGCGGGCAAGAAGCGCUUUGAAGUGAAAAAGUGGAAUGCAGUAGCCCUCUGGGCCUGGGAUAUCGUGGUUGAUAACUGUGCCAUCUGCAGGAACCACAUUAUGGAUCUUUGCAUUGAAUGUCAGGCCAACCAGGCAUCUGCUACUUCCGAAGAGUGUACUGUCGCGUGGGGCGUCUGUAAUCAUGCCUUUCAUUUCCACUGCAUCUCCCGAUGGCUCAAAACGAGGCAGGUGUGUCCGUUGGACAACAGAGAGUGGGAAUUCCAAAAGUAUGGGCACUAGAAAAGACUCUCCCUAAAGCUUACCUGUUUGUUACUCGUGUGGUGACUUGCCUUCCUGUUAAUUAUAAAUUAGAUAGAGCCGUGGUUUGUUUCUUUCCUUUGUCUUGGGAGUUUGCUGUUCCCACAGCCAUAUUGUAUGUUGUGUCAAAUAAAGUUGUUAAGUUCGAGAAUGGUUGCUGUCUCGUGUAUGUAGAAAGAGUGACAUGAGAAGGGGCAUCUUCAGUGCCAGAAACAACCUCCAAAAGUGCACUGUUCAUCACCAGAACAGAGCUGUCCUACAGGGGCAUCACAAGGGCACACACAAGGAACCUGUUUAAAGUCUGGAAGUGUGGGUCACUUGUCUUCCUUCUGACAUAGCACUGGGCAUCUGGAUGAGGAAGUGACAGCCUUGGACCAGCCAGGUCUGCUCUGGGCCUUCCUCUCUCAUGAGGGAGCCUAAAAAUGAGUAAUUGGGCUUUUUAAGCUCUAAAACACUACAAUCCUAAUUUGUGUGCCUAUGGGUAUAGUUCAAUAGUAGGGUGUUUGCCCAAAGCCCUGGGUUCAAUUGUUGGCCUAAAUAAAUUAAAAAAAAAAAAAAAAAAAAAAAAAGUUGAGCUUGAAUUAACAAGAGCUCAAGUUUCCUUUAAACAUGCUGGCCACGGAAGGAGUUGCCAGCCUGAUGCUAAGUCAAUGGCUGCAGUCUCUACUGAGAAACCGUUUUGUUGCCGUGGUUCUUGUGUGGCUAAUUGUUCUGCAGGGGUUGUGAAAUCCCGGGCGGUUUUCCUUCCUACAGUACAGUUCCCAGUGAAAGCAUUCUUCAUUUACUUCAGUCAAAGCUCAGAUGAGGCAGAUUUGAGACUCCAACUCUUGUCAGAAAAAGAUUGCAAAAAUGUGUGGAACAAUGCUGUCUCGUUUGUUUUCCAAGUUAAUUUCAAUAAAAAUAUUUAUGUUAA